AUGGAUAAAUCGGAAAACUACAUCUCGCAAGGUCCACAAGUUGUAGGAUAUAACUGCUAUAAUUUUCUAGACUUCUUUAAAACUAGUAUUACACAGUCUGUUUACAAGCUAACUUUAAAUUCCCACCAGCCCUUCUUUGAUACUAUUAACACUAUUCGACUCAAAUACAGUAACUCGAAAGAUACAGAGAAGAAGAAGAACAGUAUUAGCACUGCGUUGUCUGUUGUAUGUCAAGUAACCAUUAAUACUAUCAAAUUAAGGAUUUUCAAUGUCCUUGUACACUUCAUUAUUAUUGCUGUUUAUCUUUAUACUAAGGUUAUUGAUGAAGAGCAAUUUAUGCUGCUACAAGUUGAUAGGAGUAACAAGAUUCCUAUUGAUUUGCUUGGUAAUGCUGACAGAUCCUUAGUUACAUUUAUCAGUAAGAGUAUGAUUAAAAUCGAUAAGUUGUUGAUUGGCACUAAAUUACAGUGGUAA